GGAUGCGAAGAAGAGCCCGAUUCGCACUGACAUACAGGAAGAACUUUAACAAGUCUUUCAAAACAGGGAAACGACGCCGUUUGACAAAGCGCCUGCAGCUCAUGCGCACCUCUUUUCGCCGUCGCUUUGCGCACCUAUAUUUACAUAUAUAUAUAUAUAUAUAUAUAAACCCCAAAGUGUCGGGAUGCGUGUUCUACAGACUGCGCAGUAACGCGUGGAUUUCCUCGGGGCAGGCAGAGGAAUACCCUUUUCUCUCCUAAAUGGGAAAACCGAAAAAAGCUUCUUUUCGGUGAAGAAUGGCAGAGCGCAAGUCCAGUUUCCUUCACAUUGGAGACAUUGUGUCUCUUUACGCGGAAGGCUCGGUGAACGGCUUCAUCAGUACUUUGGGACUCGUUGAUGACAGAUGUGUGCUUCAACCCGAUGCUGGAGACCUCGCCAAUCCACCCAAAAAGUUCAGAGAUUGCCUCUUCAAGGUAUGUCCUAUGAACAGAUACUCAGCCCAGAAACAAUUCUGGAAAGCCAAACAAGGAAAACAAGGAAACAACAACACACAAGGAGACCUGUUUAAAAAGUUGCAGCAUGCAGCAGAGCUGGAACAGAAGCAGAAUGAGACUGAGAACAAGAAGGUCCUCGGAGACGUUGUCAAGUACAGUAAUGUCAUCCAGCUUCUUCACAUAAAAAGUAACAAGUACUUGACUGUGAACAAGCGUCUCCCUGCGUUGCUCGAGAAAAAUGCCAUGCGCGUCUCCUUGGACCCUGCUGGGAAUGAAGGUUCCUGGUUCUACAUCCAGCCCUUCUGGAAGCUGCGCAGUGAAGGAGACAAUGUCGUGGUUGGAGACAAGGUGGUCUUGAUGCCGGUGAAUGCAGGACAGCCGCUCCACGCCAGCAACAUCGAGCUCUUGGAUAAUCUUGGUUGCAAAGAGGUCAAUGCUGUUAACUGCAACACCAGCUGGAAAGUGACUUUGUUCAUGAAGUUCAGCGACUAUAGGGAAGAUGUUUUGAAGGGGGGAGACGUGGUGAGGCUGUUUCAUGCUGAGCAGGAGAAGUUCCUGACCUGUGAUGGGUAUAAAAGACAGCAGCAUGUUUUUCUCAGAACCACGCUGCGGCAAUCGGCCACCUCGGCCACCAGCUCCAAGGCUUUGUGGGAAGUUGAGGUUGUGCAUUAUGACCCGUGCAGGGGAGGAGCCGGCCACUGGAACAGCCUUUUCCGAUUCAAGCACCUGGCAACCGGGAAUUACCUCGCAGCUGAGGGAAAUCCUGAAUUCAAAGACUGCUCAGUUGAGUCCAAAGGAGAGAAUGAGACCGAUGCAGUGUACUCCAAAAGGAAGCAUCAGGCAGCAGAGAGGAUCGCCUACACCCUGGUUUCUCUUCCAGGAAGCGACAUUGCUUCUCUGUUUGAGCUGGACCCCACCACUCUACAGCGGACCGAUUGUCCUGUUCCCAGAAACUCCUAUGUGAGACUUCGGCACCUGUGCACCAACACCUGGGUGACCAGCACCAACUUUCCCAUUGAUGCAGAGGAGGAGCGACCAGUUAUGCUUAAGAUUGGCACCUGUCGCUCAAAAGAGGACAAAGAAGCUUUUGCCAUCGUGUCCGUUCCGCUAUCCGAAGUCAGAGACCUGGACUUUGCUAAUGAUGCCAGCAAGGUCUUGGAAGCGACAGUGAAGAAAAUCCAGAAUGAUAACCUUCCUCAGAAUGAGAGGAGGUUUGUGACCAAGCUCCUGGAGGACCUGGUUUUCUUUGUGUGUGUGGUACCAAACAACGGACAGGAUGUUCUUUCUGUGGCCACCUCAUCUCCCAACCGAGAGAGGCAGAAACUCAUGAGGGAGCAAAACAUCCUUGCCCAGAUAUUUGGCAUCCUUGAGGCUCCGUUUAUAGAUAAUGGAGAAGGCGCCAUGCUGAAGCUGGAGCAGCUGGGAGAUCAGAGAUAUGCUCACAUCAAGUACAUCCUGAAACUCUGCUACAGAGUUCUGCGACAUUCUCAACAGGACUAUCGGAAGAAUCAAGAAUAUAUCGCCAAAAAUUUUUCCAUCAUGCAGUCUCAGAUUGGGUACGAGAUUCUAGCUGAAGACACAAUCACUGCACUGCUGCACAACAACCGCAAGCUGCUUGAGCAACACAUCACUGCCAGGGAGAUCGAGACCUUUGUUAACCAGCUCAGGCGCAACCGGGAACCCAGAUACCUGGAUUAUUUGUCUGAUCUCUGUGUGUCCAACAAGAUGGCCAUCCCCGUCACACAGGAGCUUAUCUGUAAAUUUAUGCUCAACCCCAGCAACGCUGAAAUCCUCUUCCAAACCAAGCUAAUCUCUAACAUGCCAGCCAACGUGGAGUCCUCAAUGCAGGAGGACAUAGAGGAGGAGGAGGUCUGGCUCUACUGGAUCGACAGCAACAAGGAGCCUUACGGCAAAUCCAUACGCCACCUUGCACAGGAUGCUAAGUCCAACCACAAGAAGGAUGUGGAAAACAUUACUUAUUACAGGUAUCAGCUGAACCUUUUUGCUAAGAUGUGUUUGGACCGCCAGUACCUCGCCAUCAACCAGAUCUCCAGUCAGUUACCUGUGGAUCUGAUCCUGCGCUGCAUGUUUGACGACUGCCUGCCCUACGACCUCAGAGCGGCCUUCUGCCGCCUCAUGCUGCAUAUGCACGUAGACCGCGACCCGCAGGAGUCUGUGGUUCCGGUGCGCUACGCCCGCCUCUGGACUGAGAUCCCCUCCAAGAUCACUAUCGACGAGUAUGAGUACGAGUCAACGGACAGCUCGAGAGAGGACAUGAAGAGGAAAUUUGCCUCCACCAUGGAGUUUGUGGAAGAAUAUCUCAAAGACGUAGUCAACCAGUCUUUUCCGUUUGGAGAUAAGGAUAAGAAUGAACUCACUCUGGAGGUGGUAAAUCUGGCUCGAAAGCUGGUUGACUUUGGUUUUUACAGCUUCAGCGAGCUGCUGCGGCUCACGCGCACCCUGCUGGCCAUCCUGGACAUUUUCCAGUAUCCAGUCAACCUCAUCAGCAAGCUGAACAAAGGUCCAGACUCAGGAAACAACGUUCUGCGAACGAUUCAUGGCGUCGGAGAAAUGAUGACUCAGAUGGUGAUGAGCCGAGGUGUGCCCCAAAAUCUGCCCGACAGCCCACCUUCUUUGCGAUAUGGGAAAGGACAAAUCAUGCCCGACGAUGAGGACGACAUGGUGAUGGACACAAAACUGAAGAUCAUUGAGAUCCUCCAGUUCAUCCUCAGUGUGAGGUUGGACUACAGGAUCACAAAUUUGUUGUCCAUCUACAAGAAAGAGUUUGGAGAGAAGAGCAUGGUCGACAUGUCUAUGUCUGAAAUGUCUUUCAUAAGUCCAUCUGAUCCCGACAUAGGUGAGAUUGCAGCAAAAGCAGAGUCCAUGUUUGCAGGAAGUUCCGAGCAAAGUGCAGUGGAGCUGGAUGAAGAGGGUGGUCGGACAUUUUUGAGGGUUCUCAUACACCUCAUCAUGCAAGAUUAUCCGCCCCUGGUGUCUGGAUCACUGCAGCUCAUCUUUAAACACUUCAGUCAAAGAGCUGAAAUGCUGCAGGCCUUCAAGCAGGUCCAGCUCCUGGUGUCUGAGCAAGAUGUAGACAACUACAAGCAGAUCAAGGCAGAUCUGGACCAGCUGCGUCUGACUGUUGAGAAGUCUGAGUUGUGGGUGGAGAAGAGCGGAGUCUACAGCAGCGAAGAGUUGGGGGUCAGGCUGGCCGAAGAGGCCAACAAUGAAGAUGUUGUUCUGAGUCCAGUACAGGAGGAGGACAACAAACCUCAGAUUGACUCUAACAAGGGGAACAACUAUAACAUAGUCAAAGAGAUCCUGCAGCGGCUCACAAAGCUGUGCAAUCAAAGUAAGAAGAGCCGGGUGCAGCAGCAGCGCCUGCUGAAAAACAUGGGAGCCCAUACUGUGGUGCUGGACCUGCUGCAGAUCCAGUAUGAGCAGAAUGAUGAGAAGAUGCAGCAGAUAAUGACGCUAGCUCACACAUUUCUGCAGAACUUCUGCAAAGGAAACCAUCAGAACCAAGUUCUUCUGCACAAACAUCUUAAUCUCUUUCUCACACCUGGGCUGCUGGAAGCUGAGACGAUGCGUCACAUCUUCAUGAACAACUAUCAGCUGUGUAAUGAGAUCAGCGACCGUGUCGUCCAUCACUAUGUCCACUGCAUCGAAACACACGGAAGACACACCAAAUACCUCAAGUUUUUGGAAACCAUUGUGAAAUCCGAUGGGAAGUAUGUGAAGAAAUGUCAGGACAAAGUCAUGACAGAGCUGGUGAAUGCAGGGGAGGACGUGCUGGUGUUCUACAAUGACCGCUCAUCCUUUCAAGUGCUGAAAGAUCUGAUGCGCUCGGAGCGGGAGCGCAGCGACGAGGAUGGCGCUCUGGCGUAUCACAACACCCUGGUGGAGCUGCUGGCCGCCUGCACUGAAGGCAAAAACGUGUACACCGAGCUAAAGUGCAACUCUCUGUUGCCCCUGGAUGACAUUGUGAAAGUGGUCACGGAAGAGAACUGUGUUCCAGAGGUGAAAACUGCAUAUGUAAACUUUGUAAAUCACUGCUAUGUGGACACAGAGGUAGAAAUGAAGGAGAUCUACACAUCCUGCCAUAUUUGGAAGCUCUUCGAUAACUUCUUAGUGGACAUGGCCACAGUGUGCAACACUACCAUUGACCGUAACCAUGCCGACCCACUCUUAGAGAAGUAUGUGACCGACGCGGUGAUGGGCAUCGUCAAGGGUUUCUUCAGCUCACCUUUCUCUGUAAAUCACUCCGUGCUGCAGUCAAAUCAAUCUACAUUCAUCAAGCUGCUCCAGUCAGCUUUCAGACUGACAAAUUGUAACUGGACCACCUCGGCUCAGAAGGCCAAUAUUGAGAGUUGUAUCAAAACCCUGGCAGAUGUUGCAAAGGCCCGGGCAAUUGCCAUCCCGGUCGAUCUGGACAGUCAGGUCAACCAUCUGUCGCUCAAGAUCCAUACCAGCACGGUGCAGCGGGCAGCUAAAGAUUGGAGAAUAUCUGCCCGCUCACGACCUCGUAAGGAGCCACUGGGAGGCCCUGAUUACAAGAACAUAAUUGACAAACUGCAGGGGGUUGUGUCCCUUCUUGAAGAGCAGUUCAGUCCCCUGGUCCAGGCGGAGUUCUCUGUUCUGGUUGACGUUCUUUACAGCCCUGAGCUGCUGUUUCCAGAAAAUGCACGAUUACGCUGCGAGAGUGGCAUCUUCAUGUCAAAACUAAUCAAACACACCAAGAAGCUCAUGGACAAAGAGGAGAAGCUGUGUGUGAAGAUCCUGCAGACUCUCAGAGAGAUGCUUGACCAGAAGGAAUGCUUUAAUGAAUCUGGAAAUGAGUUGAGAAAGAUCCUACUCAACAGAUACUUUGGAAAUCAGAAGCCUCUCUCCAGGUCAGAGCUUGUGAGUGGAAACAACUCAUCUGGAAGUUUUGUCAAGCCAUCUGGAGGUACCAUAAUGGACAUAGAUAAGCCCUGCAACACCAUGGUGGACAUCCAGUGUCUUCUAGACUGCGUGGGAGCGUCAGAGCUGGUCAUCGAUCUCAUCAUGAACACCAAAAAUGACCUUGUGUUUGAGGAGAGCAUCCUGCUGGGUGUUGCUCUUCUGCGAGGCGGGAACACACAGACGCAGAACUCCUUCUACAGCCAGCUGUCCAAGCAGAAGAAGUCCGAGAAGUUCUUUAAGGUUUUCUAUGACCGCAUGCGUUUGGCACAGCAAGAGAUCCGAGCCACUGUGUCCGUCAACAUGUUUGAGCUGGGCUCCAGAAAAAGGGAUGAGGACAGUGAUGUCAGUUCCAACAGGUUUAAGAAAGGCAAAGAGUCUGGGCUUUAUUUAAGGGAGGAAAUGCGAGGCCAACUGAAGGAGGCUUCUUCUGUCACCUCCAAGGCCUUCUGUGCCUUCAGGAAGGAACUGGACUCUGACCUGGAAGGCCAAACCAGUGAGAUGUCUGGGACAGAAGAAAUUAUAGAGGAAAUUCAGAUGAGCCCCGCCAUCACCAUCAUGAAACCCAUACUCCGUUACCUUCAGCUGCUCUGUGAGAACCACAACUCUGACCUUCAGAACUUUCUGCGGAAUCAGAGCAACAAGACUAACUACAACCUGGUGUGUGAGACUCUUCAGUUUUUGGACUGCAUUUGUGGAAGCACCACAGGAGGCCUGGGGCUGCUGGGACUUUAUAUCAAUGAAAGUAAUGUGGAUCUGGUUCUGCAAACCCUAGAAACCAUUACUGAGUAUUGCCAGGGGCCCUGCCAUGAUAAUCAGAGCUGCAUCGUUAAGCAUGAGUCAAAUGGCAUCGACAUUAUUAUAGCACUGAUCAUCAACUCUAUUAACCCCCUGGAGAAGAACCGACUUGACCUGGUGAUGGAGCUCAAGAACAACGCUUCCAAACUGCUGCUGGCUAUAAUGGAGAGCCGCCAUGACAGUGAGAAUGCAGAGAAAAUUCUCUACAAGAUGAGGCCGAUGGAGUUGGUGGAAGUGAUGAAGGAAGUCUAUGCCCAAGGUCUGGAGAGCGAAGAGGAUGAGGACAAUAUUGGAUCUCAGAUCACCUCCAGAGACGUCGGACACAACAUUUACAUCCUGGCUCACCAGUUGGCAAGACACAACAAACUUUUGCAGCAGUGCCUCAGACCUUCACCAGGGAAGGAGUACGACAGGGAGGAUGCCCUUCAUUACUACGCCAAACACACAGCGCAGAUAGAGAUUGUGCGUCAUGAUCGUACCAUGGAGCAGAUCGUAUUUCCAGUGCCGAACAUCUGCGAGUACAUCACUGAGGAGUCCAAGAUGCGCGUCUUCACCACCACUGAGAGAGAUGACCAAGGCAGCAAGGUCAACGACUUCUUCCAGCAGUUUGACAACCUCUACAACGAGAUGAAGUGGCAGAAGAAGAUUCGCAAAAACAGAGUUCUCUUUUGGUUCUCAAGCCACAUCUCACUUUGGGGGAGCAUCUCUUUCUACCUGGCUAAUCUGCUGAAUUUUGUCGUGGCAACAUUCUAUCCUUUUGGGGAUGAUGGAGAUGAGGGUACUUUGUCAUCUAUGUGGAAUAUUACGCUGUGGGCUUCGCUGGGACUCUUCACUGCUCUCCUUCCUGUUUUUCCUAAGCCCUGGGGCAUCCUGUUCUUCCUGGUCUCCCUAAUUUUACGUGCCAUUUACACCAUGGGCCUCGCGCCUGCUCUGUUUUUGCUUGGGUCUGUAAAUCUGUUCAACAAAUUAGUCUUCCUUGCCAGUUUUGUGGGCAAUCAGGGCACAUUUACGCGAGGCUACAAAGCAGUUGUGAUGGACAUGCUCUUUGUCUACCAUUUGGCUUAUGCCAUCAUCUGUGUCUUGGGUCUCUUUGUGCAUGAGUUUUUCUACAGCUUUUUGCUGUUUGACCUGGUUUCCAGGGAGGAAACUCUCUUAAACGUGAUCAAGAGUGUAACAAGAAAUGGCCGAUCCAUCUUCUUGACUGCUGUUCUUGCCAUCUUUCUCGUCUACUUUUUCUCCAUCAUCGGCUUCCUCUUCCUCAAGGAUGACUUCAGAAUGGAGGUGGAUCCUUUACCUUUACCAGGAAGAAGGAAUGGAAUAACUGACAAUGGAGUCCCAAAUUCAUGUAUGAAAGACUCCUGCCCCACUUCACCCUCUGCACCACACGAUGGUGAGGAUGACGGGAUGGAACGGGUGUGUGACACUCUACUUAUGUGCAUAAUCACCGUGCUGAAUCAAGGAUUACGUAACGGAGGAGGUGUAGGAGAUAUUCUCAGGAGACCCUCAAAGGAGGAGCCUCUCUUUGCGGCCCGGGUAGUCUACGAUCUUCUCUUCUUCUUUGUGGUCAUCAUCAUUGUUCUCAACCUCAUUUUUGGUGUGAUCAUCGACACAUUUGCCGACUUGAGGAGUGAGAAACAGAGGAAGGAGGAGAUUCUGAAAACCACCUGCUUUAUCUGUGGGUUGGAAAGGGACAAAUUUGAUAACAAGACUGUAACCUUUGAGGAGCACAUCAAAUCUGAACACAACAUGUGGCACUACCUUUACUUCCUGGUUCUGGUGAAGGUGAAGGACCCGACUGAGUACACCGGCCCUGAGAGCUAUGUGGCCCAGAUGAUUGCAGAGAAGAACUUGGAAUGGUUUCCUCGUAUGAGAGCCAUGUCUCUGGUGAGCAACGAAGGGGACAACGAGCAGAAUGAGAUGCGAUCCCUGCAGGAGAAACUAACCAACACUGUCACUUUGAUUUCUCAACUAUCAUCCCAGCUAGCUGAACUCAAAGAACAGAUGACAGAACAGAGGAAGAACAAGCAGAGGAUGGGAUUCCUGGCUCCUCAAUCCAACCACUACAUCCCAGGAAACUGAGAGGAGCGGGGCAGACGGCGUCUGCCGACCCCCAGCCUUGUAAACCGAAGCCUUAAGAACAAGCUAGUCAGGCCAACAAGCAAAAUUUAUUUUUAAAUAUAUAUAUUUUUGGUCUUAAUCACUGCCUUAUUCGAAUAGUAUAUUGUGCUUUAUUUGCCAAGAAAUGCACAAACUCUGGCCAGUCACAAAUGCCACUGCGGUGAUAGAGAAGCAGGCAAAAGUUCAGGGAAAUGUUUGAGUGAAGUUAGUUUGCCUACAGUCCUGUCAGAGGGCAGGUCAGAGUCAUCUUUAUGUGGUUGACCUGCAGGCCGUUUGGAGAGAAGUGUGCACACUAACAGCAAUUCUCCCCCUUUUCCCGCUACAUUUUCUUUUUGUAUUCAUAAGGAGGUUUGAUUCAUAAAUAGUGUUUUUUGGAAAAGGAAUUAUGCUGCCUUACUCGUUAACUUUUAUAUACCGCAUAUCGCAAUGACUUUAGGUGCAAUUUUUAAGGAAAGAAAAAGGGUAAUAUUGGAAACAUUGUUUGUGAUUAUGUUUAAUCUUUAGUAUUGUGUUUAAACAAGUUUUGUUGUCCUUAUUUUGGAUUUCCGGAGCAAGUGUAGAAAUGUGAAUGGAAACAUGGAUUCUUGUGUAACUUUACUUGAAACUUCUUCUGUCUAAGGCUCAUGUUGGUACAUAAUAUAGUGCUGACUACAGUGAGAGCUGUUCUUCAUCUGAGAGUGAUCAUCUUGUCCUGUACACGGGGGGGUCAGCUAAUCGAGGAAAAUUUUUUGAAAAUGCUCAGAUCGGGAUCAACUGCUACCUGGUAACGACUUUUUUUGUGUGUGUGUAGAUUUUCAUCAUAUCUCCUUGUUUUGUGAAAGCCUGUGUUUUACAUUUGCACAAAGAAAGGGCACAGGUGCACGCAUCUGUGACACAUUCUUCUCAAAGAGAGUUUAUGGAAAAUGUUUAUAUUUUAUGUGGUCAGAUGUUAUAAUAAAUUGGCAGCAAGGCGUCGGCAGCUUUUGAGCGAU